GAGCCCUGAUUAUCCUUCUAUAUCCUGUCUCGGUUCGGAUGCGAAAGUGUCGUCGGCGAAAUCAGCCCAGUAAAGACAGCUCAACCCACAUCAGAUAUUGGGAGCCGCAUUAUGUAAAACCUGCAUAGACAUACUAAAGGGUCAUGCGAACGUGUGCUUCGGGUUCUUGCAUCCAACAAUGCGGCAACAUCUAAAUGGCGGUGGGAGGUGUCUAAGGUCACCUUUCGUCUUGUCCGAGAAUAGAUUCAGCCAGGAUAAAGUAUUAUCCUGUAAGAGAUCAACAAGAUAUGCCCGCGAUCUCUAGACGUAGACGAUUAUAAAAAGAAGCGGCGUGUAUAUCUUCUCAAACGUGCAACUGAGUUCAUCCCGCAUUUUUACUUCUUAGUGAUGUGAGUGAUGUGCUUCUUCCAUUAUCCAGCUCCCAAGCCCAGGAAUAAGAAGGCAAAGAAGCAAGCGAGUUUGAGGAGGGCAGUCGGCAGUAACGUGGUCCACGAUAUUCCGUACGAAGCAGCGGACAACGCACUCUAUCAGGAACCUACGGGAAUAGGAACUGCGGUGGCGAUGUAUCAUCCGUACUUCAAUUACUUCCCAUACGGCAUGGAGCAGUAUUUUAAAGACGAACCCUACUACGUAACGCGUGGCUCGUGGGCCUCGCAUGGAGAGGCGCUGAACGGCAGCCUGGGCGCGACGAAGGAGAUCGGGGAGAAGAUAGAGGAGCUGAAGGGCGUCGUCUCCGGCGGAGUCGCGGUGGCCCGCGCCUUGGCCGGAAGCACCCAAAGCACUCUCGAGGGGGCCCGUGAUGAUAUUAACAACACCCACGCAGUGGUCCAGGGCGUGAAUGACGCGCUUAGACAGACCCAUGAUGCGAUCAACAAGCACUACAGCGAGCACAGCACCAAGCAAGACAAAUGUGUCGCUGAGAUCAGCAAAGUCCGAUCGAUGUUAGAGGAGGACGCGAAGAAUAAAGAACAGGCGCGCCAGCGACAGCAAAACAUGCAAGAAGCGUGGAACUACUACCAAUGGUUUCGACAGGCCGAACAGGAGGCUAAACAGAAAUCGUCGUCGUCGUCGUCGUCGUCGUCGUCGUCGUCGUCCAAGAGUAGUAGCAAUACUCAUCAGACCCAACAAUCAAGCAGCAGAAGAAACAACAAUAACAAUAACACGACACCACAUGAACGACAGGCACCCCUCGACGACCCGUACGUGUCUGAGGGACAGGGACGAAUGCCUCCCGACCACCAGAAACUCAAGCGGUCAGUUUUGGAAUGCCUGGGCCAGAUUCUCGGUGAGGCGGGUUCGCACGCUGACCGCCCCGAGCGAAACCCCCAGAACCACACUCACUUCCAUGCCUACGCCCCGACAUCUCCACCGCCGUGGGGGGGUGCCCAGCACCAUGCAGACCCCCCCCGCGGCGGCUGGCAUCAAUUUCAGGCUUCCCCUUUUCCGGCCCGAGACGAUGCUUACUACCACGACGGCACCAGCAGCAGUACUCGCGGUGGUGGCCCGGGGAAGAGAAAUGCUGCUGCUGCUAAUAGAUACCAGUACGAUCCGGGUAUGCACAACGGGGCGUGGAACGGUCGUGGCCCUAAUUAUUACUAAGUACCUAGGUUACCUACCUAACCCAAGAUAUAUAUGUCUAUGGUAUGAAUGUAUGUAUGUAUGUAUGUAUGUAUGUAUGUAUGUAUGUAUGUAUGUAUGUAUGUAUGUAUGUGGAUAUGUAUUAGAGCCCAACCU